AUGUUGAGGCAGACAUUGGCUCGCUCGGCUUGGCGGACUGGCAAGCACCCGGCCAGCGCGGCCAGCCGGGCCUUUUCAGCGACAGCUCAGAGACCGGCCGAGGUUGAGCUCACAAUUGAUGGGAAGAAGGUUUCGAUCGAGGCCGGGUCCGCCCUGAUCCAAGCUUGCGAAAAGGCCGGCGUCACAAUUCCAAGAUACUGCUACCAUGAGAAACUCAUGAUUGCCGGCAACUGCCGUAUGUGUCUAGUCGAAGUUGAGCGGGCACCCAAACCCGUGGCGUCGUGCGCAUGGCCCGUACAACCCGGCAUGGUCGUCAAGACCAACUCUCCUUUGACACAUAAGGCCCGGGAAGGUGUGAUGGAAUUCUUGCUGGCCAACCACCCCCUCGACUGCCCCAUCUGCGACCAGGGCGGCGAGUGCGAUCUUCAGGACCAGUCGAUGCGGUAUGGCGCCGACCGUGGCCGGUUCCACGAGAUUGGUGGAAAGCGUGCGGUGGAGGACAAGAAUAUCGGACCCCUCGUCAAGACAUCUAUGAACCGGUGUAUCCACUGCACGCGGUGCAUUCGGUUCGCCAACGACAUCGCUGGGGCUCCGGAAAUGGGUUCGACAGGCCGUGGAAACGACAUCCAGAUCGGCACCUACCUCGAGAAGAACCUUGACACGGAACUCUCUGGCAACGUUAUCGACCUCUGCCCCGUCGGCGCCUUGACCUCGAAGCCCUACGCCUUCCGCGCCCGUCCCUGGGAAUUGAAGCGCACCGAGUCUAUCGACGUGAUGGACGGUCUUGGCUCGAACAUCCGCGUGGACUCGCGCGGGCUGGAGGUCAUGCGCAUUAUUCCGAGGCUCAACGACGACGUCAACGAGGAAUGGAUAGACGACAAGACCCGGUUCGCCUGCGACGGCCUCAAGACCCAGAGACUCACCAUGCCCUUGGUGCGCAGGGAGGGGAAAUUUGAACCCGCGACAUGGGAGCAGGCACUCACCGAGGUCUCCCACGCGUAUCAGACACUUGCGCCCAAGGAGAACGAGUUCAAGGUUAUCGCCGGUCCGCUCACUGAAGUCGAAUCCCUUGUGGCCAUGAAGGAUCUUGCGAACAAGCUGGGCUCUGACAACCUUGCUCUUGAUAUGGAGAAUGGUAGCCAGCCAGUCGCCCACGGUGUCGAUGUGCGGUCGAACUACCUUUUCAACUCCAAGAUCUGGGGCAUCGAGUCGGCCGACUGCAUCCUCCUCGUCGGUACCAACCCAAGACACGAGGCUGCCGUUCUGAACGCCCGUAUCCGAAAGCAAUGGCUGCGGUCAGACCUCGAAAUCGGCGUCGUCGGCCAGACCUGGGAGUCCACCUUCGAGUUCGAGAACCUCGGCACUGACCUGAACGCCCUCAAGGACGCCCUGGCUGGUCCUUUCGGCCAGAAGCUCCAGGCUGCCAAGAGGCCCAUGAUUGUUGUGGGCUCUGGCGUCACCGAGCACCCCGACGCUAAGGCCUUCUAUGAGGUGGUUGGCCAGUUCGUCGACAAGAACGCCGCCAACUUCCUCACCGAGGAAUGGAACGGUUACAACGUCCUGCAGCGCGCCGCGUCGCGGGCUGGUGCAUUCGAGGUCGGCUUCGUAACGCCCUCCGCCGCCGUCGCCGAGACUAAGCCUAAGUUCGUCUGGCUCCUUGGCGCUGAUGAGUUCAACGAGGCGGAUGUCCCCAAGGACGCGUUCAUCGUUUACCAAGGCCAUCACGGUGACCGGGGCGCGCAGAUCGCCGACAUCGUCCUCCCGGGCGCUGCCUACACCGAGAAGGCCGGCACGUACAUCAACACCGAGGGCCGCGUGCAGAUGACGCGCGCCGCCACUGGCCUGCCCGGCGCCGCCCGCACGGACUGGAAGAUCAUUCGUGCCGUCAGCGAGUUCCUCGGCGCGCCGCUCCCCUACGACGACGUCGCCCAGCUCAGGGACCGCAUGGUCGAGAUCAGCCCGGCGCUUGCCGCAUACGACGUCGUUGAGCCCGUCGCGCUGGGGCAGCUGAGCAAGGUGCAACUGGUGGACCACAACAAGGGUGCUAAGGUUACGGGGUCGCCGCUACGCAAGGUCGUCGAGAACUUCUACUUUACCGAUGUCAUCUCGAGGAGCUCCCCCACAAUGGCUCGUUGCUCAGCAGCCAAGGAGACAGGCGACCCGCGGACAAACUUCAUGGCGCCUGGCAUGGAGGAGGAUAGGCCGAUGGGCCAGAUCGCGUAUGGGGCGUAG